AUGCUCAAUCCUGCCCGGAAACAACCUUACCGUCGUCUACUCACAGAGACCUCUCUACCUGCGAUUUACGACCAGACUAGCGCCAAGGUCGCAGCCAUUAUCAACGUGGAAAGUACCUCACAAUCACGUUCGACGAUUCAACUGAUAUCAACAGUAAGCGCACAACGAAUGUCUCAGUCCAGACCUCAAGAGGCACCUUCUAUAUUGACAAUUACAAACACGGUAGCGAGAGACUCUCUGCGGCGAGAGUUACCACCGAUCUCGUGCCUCGAUUCCUUGCUAUCGCGAAUAACCAACCUGAACGAAUCUCUGCCAUUUGCUCUGACACCUAUUCGACUAUGCGGGACGUCUGGGUAA